AUGAUGAACAUCUCGAAGGAAACUGAAACACCUCCAACGCAUGAGGCAUGUAACAUGACCGAUGCCCUUGAACAUAACUUGCCUACCAUUGCUGUUGCAGUACAUGUCAUAAAUUUUCUGUUUGGUCUUCCGACACAUUCCUACAUUCUGUGGCUUAUUAUCACAGGAAGAGGGAUUGCAUCUGAUUUCUUCACUCUAAACAUCUCUAUCUGUGAGAUUACGUUCUCUCUGCGCUCUCUGACAGCUGUAACUGUCAACACAUUUCCAAGACUCUGGGACAUUAUGAUGUUUUUAACAGGAUUUGUCACCACUGGUCGUUUUUUUCAGUGUCUGAUCUGUAUUGAGCGUUACCUAGCAGUUGUCCAUCCUGUGACCUUUCUGAAGUUCAAGCCUUUGAGAUACAGAGUUGCAUGUUCCAGUGUUACCUGGAUAGCGAUUCUCAUCUCUUGUGCAUUUUGUCUGCAGUUUGUAAAUCCUUGUUUGACCCGCAUUCAUGUAUGCUUGUAUAUGUCACAGUUCUUCCUCUUCCUCUGUAUAAACCUGUUCUGCUGUUUGGCUGUUCUCAGAGCUCUGAAGCAGUCAGGACCAGGAGAGAGAGGAAGAGAGAGAGUGGAGGAAAACCAAAUUAAGAGAAGAGCAUUUUAUCUCAUCCUAAUCAAUGUUGUGACAUUAGUAAUCACUUAUGUUCCGAGUUUAAUUAUUGCAUUGCAAUAUAUUCUGUCUUUACAAAUUGCCCAAGAGCUGGAUUCAAUAAGUCAUAUUUGUUUUGUGCUGGCUGGGUUUGUACAACCUAUUCUCUAUAUCCACAGGGUUGGAAAACUGCCAUUCUGUACAUCUCCCUAG